CUGGCCUGAGGAGGCAGCUGUGGUGGCCAUGGCGAAGCCCAGGCGGGGGCAACAUCAGCCCCCAGCACAGAGGAGGCACAAGUGGCCCCCACCACCAGCUGUCACCAAUGUCCAGGGUAUGAUGCGUUCCCCCUCACCAGACUGCCCAGAGGAGAAGGCUGUCCCACCCAGAGACAGGCCAUGUGGGGCUCCUGGGAGCUGCUUCUGGUAUGGCUUGUGGUGCUAGCAGUGGGUGGCACCGAUCACGUCUACCGAUCAGGCCGCAGGGUGUGUGCUACUAGGGCUCCCCAAGGCCCUGUCUCUGAGCCCUUUGUGCAGCGUGUGUACCAGCCCUUCCUCACCACCUGCGACGGGUACCGUGCCUGCAGCACCUACCGAACCAUCUACAGGACUGCCUACCGCCACAGUCCGGGGCUGGCCCCUGCCCGGCCACGCUACGCUUGCUGCCCAGGCUGGAAGAGGACCAGGGGGCUCCCAGGGGCUUGCGGAGCAGCAGUAUGCCAGCCACCAUGCCAGAAUGGAGGGAGCUGUGUCCAGCCAGGCCGCUGUCACUGCCCUGCAGGAUGGCAGGGUGACACCUGUCAGUCAGAUGUGGAUGAAUGCAGUAUUGGAAGGGGCAGCUGCCCCCAGCACUGUGUCAACACGGAGGGCAGCUACCGGUGCCAGGGCUGGGAGGGGCACAGCCCAGCUGCCAAUGGUACACUCUACCUGCCCAAGGGAGGGCCCCUCAGGGAGGCCCCAAACCUGACAGGAGUGGACAGUACAGUGAAGGAGGAAGUGCAGCAGCUACAGUCAAGGGUGGACCUGCUGGAGGAGAGGCUGCAGCUGCUCAUGGCACCACUGCACAGCCUGGCCUUGCAGGCGCUGGCGCUUGGGCUCCCGGAUCCUGAAAGCCUCCUGGCACACUCUCUCCAGCAGCUGGGCCGCAUUGACUCUCUGAGUGAGCAGAUCUCCUUUCUUGAGGAGCAGCUGGGGUCCUGUAAGUGCUUGAGACCCUGGUGGGGCAAGGUGGCCAUAGGCCCAGAGGGCUGGAAGGCUGCCAGAGCUGUGACCUCUGACCUCAGCCCCUCAUCUAACCCUAGGCUCCUGCAAGCAGGGGUCGUGACCGGUCUGGCCAAGGCCUAUCUCCUGACCCAGGAUGGAUGGGGCUGCCUGCCCUGGCAGUGACAGCAGAAAGCGGGGAUGGGCCCUCUCCUCUCCCCUCACUCAGGAGGCCUCCUGGCGACUGGGGCACAUGUUGGGGCUGGGGAAAUCUUCUGUGUAAAUGCCUGGCAACCCCACAGCAUCCCGGGGCCCUGUGUGGCAGAGAGAAGGUACAAGGCUCCCUGCACAGAGCCAGGGACUGCUGGCAGUCACUGGGCAGCCUGUCUGGAGGCAGGGUUGGGGGUCAGGUGGGGCCUCUGCCCUGUUUUUAUCAGAAUAAAAGUGAGACUUGA